AAUGUUCUCUUAAUUUUAAGGAUACGUGAUUAGUAAUAAUUUAUUAAUUAAAAAUUAAUAAAGUCGUGCUUAAGUGUGCAUAACAAUAUGGCAGUUGCAAUUCCAGAUAUUAAUAAGCUUCCGAAGUGUGUAAAAGAUAUUACCAAAUCCGAUGAGUAUAUAAAAUAUUUGCCUUCAAUUUCAACGAAAGCAAAAACUAAAGAUGAGGCUGAAUGUUUACUUCAACAUAUUGUGGCUGUAAUAGAGUUCGAAAUUUUCUCAAAAUCGCAAACAGAUGAAUUGAAUGUAGCCAAUCAGGUUGUUUUGAAUACAGCUUAUCGGGCGUAUUUCCAAUUAAUACAACAACAUAAACUGCCAAACAUACAUUUGAACGCUUUACCUAAGCCGAAAUUAUUGUAUGACGAGGAGGUUGGCUUCCAGCUAUUAUAUGCCAUGCUAUUAACUGAUCAGCAUGCGCAGACUUUCGAUCCUGAGACCAUACUUAUGGAUUGCACUAAAGCAUUAAGUGACGCCAUCAACGACGACUGCGCCAGCUUGCUAUACAUAAUUAAAGUCUUGAAUAUAUUAUUGUGCAAAUUUCCAAAGUGCAACGUAAAUAUACCCCUCCAGCAAAUCUAUUAUUGCCUGCAAACCAACCAAAAUGGCAUGCGCGAAGAGUCGCUGAAUCUUUUCUCGAAUUGCUGUCGGCAAAUUGAUUAUGCAUUUGAAAAUUUUCAAGUUAUUUUAGAGUUUUGGCCUUGGUCAAACCGAUUUAAAUUCUAUUUAAUUAGUUGCAUACUGAAAACGCACAAUUUAAUUGAAUAUUUGCGAAGUGCACACCAUUCAGUGAGUGAAUUUUUCGCUGGUGUACGUCUAAGUUUAAGUCAUAAAAGUCUUUUAGCCGCUAGUCAAUAUUUAGUAAAAGCGUUAAGUGCACAAAACUCCGAUGAGCUACUACAACUAAGUACUGAUAUACUCACAAGRGGUUCAGUUAAAGAAAUCAAAAAUUUUUACGCGCAAUGGAAUGGACGUAUCGAGCAAAAGGAUAGAUUGUUCGAAUUUUUGCAAAGCCAACCAGAAAUAGUAAAUUUCCUAGAAAACACCAUCGAUGGUUCCAUUGAACAGGAUUAUUUUCGUUCAACCUUAAUCUUUAGCAUGUUUUCACGGCAAAUAUUCGAAGCUUCAAAGCUACACUUUUUUAAAAUCAGCACAGAACUUAUAACAAACUGUUUCCAACUCGAAUUGGAAACACAAAUGUUAAUUUUCAAAUUCAUUGUUGACAAUUUGGCUAGUUUUGCCAUUGAGGAUUGCUUGGAAUUCACUGCUGCAUUUAUAAAGGAGCAUAAAUGUAUAGAAAAUGCUCAAUACCGCAAUGAAAUUUUGGGUAAAAUGCCAGCCAUCGUUAAUUAUGUGUCAAAAACCUUUAGCAAAUUGCAUUAUGCUGGUGGCAUAACCACUCUUGAGACCAGUAUACAUACAUUUUUCAAGCAUAUGCAUCUUUUAAUUGAUGACGACAUUGGUAGCAACAUUUAUCAACCGAAAAUAUUUUCGUUGCGUCUUUUAGAGAUUUUACUGAAAUCACUAUACGCUGACAAUUUGGAGAAGAAUGCCAAAAAUUGCUGCUUAACGCAAAAUAAAAAACUUGGUAAAUUUUUGGUUGAACAAAAAGUAUUUGAAUGUGGUAGCGUAUCAGCAGCACUCUUUAAACUACUCGAUGAUCCUUUGGGAUUUGAUGAUGCAUUAGAAUUGAUAAUGCGCUUACUGCAGCAAAUCAAUUUUUCCGAAGUGGGUGAAAGCGUGCGCUUAUGCAAGGAAUUUAGCCGCCGCUGCGGUGUAGACGAAUGUGUUUUAAGCACACUUUAUGCCAGAGUUACAUUAAAUUGCUGCAAAAGUACAGGCGAUGAAGAAGCGAUUUCCAUUUUACUACAGUUCGCUAUAACCUCUUUGAAGGAAGAACUGGAAGAUUUUCAACAAGAUCCGCUGCUUGUGUGCAAGACACGAAAUCACUUAUUUGGCUUUAUCAAUAUAGUUGGAGAAGUUGUGCAAGGCAACAUUUGCCUAAAAACGGAAACUCAGAAUGAAAUACUUGACCUUUUAGAAAAAGUACUGAAUUUAGUUUUGGAUUUACUGAAUGUAUGCAAAGCUGAUCCCUUGCAAGCUGCUAGUAAUGCUGCGAGCUUCCAAGACAUGGAGGAGAGUUUGGAAAUUUUGGUACAGAAAAGUGCCUACAAAGUCGAAGAUCAUGGAGAGUUUCGUAAAYUUUUACUUAUGUCGUUUUGGCUUACACUGAAGGCUACCUGUGAUUUGGCCACAGAAAUCGGUAUGCGAUAUGUUGCAACAACUGAGCAUGACUUCACUGAUUGCCAGAUAUUGAAGCGUUGCUUGGAUAUAAAUGUGACCGUGCUAACGCGUUGUAGACACAAAGGGGCCAUCGAAGCAGCUGGCGUAAGUAUAGGCAAACUAACUAAAAGUAUUACUUCCCAUUGCACUACAAGUUCGGCGGUGUACCACUUAUUAUAUAACUGCUUGGAGCUUUUGUUCGACAAUACAAAGCAGGUGAGCGUUACACGUAGGGGUGCUGGUUACUCCAUCAUGAUGCUGCAUAUCGUGAAGAAUGAACAGCACCGUACCAGACCACUACUCAAGUCCGUAAUGGAUAGAACUAUCGCGUUACUUAAGAAUUAUUGUGCAACCGACGCAUCGCAUGUCGAGAAAUUCGAUCGUUUGGAGGCAUUACUACUGCACUACGUAGGCGUUUUAGUGCGCGAUACAGAGUUGCGUGAGGCCACAUCACAUUAUUACAAUGAAAUACUCUUAGUAACUUUGAAACGUAUUGAGCAUCCCGAAUGGACGGAAUUCAAUGCAGCGUUGCAACUUUUUGGCGCACUGAUACCGAAAAUUGUUGGACAAACAAUGGCCAAGGAUUUUGAUGCAGCGGCCGGUAAUGAAAACAACGAUAUUACAUAUGACGAAAUAAUACGAAAACUGCCAACGGCCUGUGAUUACAUACUCAACUAUUUUGCCAGCAAGCAAGACUUGAAUACCGACACACGCACCACCGUUUUAUUCCUGGGCUUCCUCUCCAAAGUUAAGCAUUUACCCAAACAAAUUGAGGCGAAUGAAUGCAGUUUCUUACAACGCAUACGCGAGUUAAUGUGGCGUCUAUUGGCGCAUCGUUGUGAAAGCGUGCGUAAAUUGGCUGCGCUUUGUUUUGUACGCGCCCACGAYUUUAGACUAGAACUACCCCAAGCGUUAAUAAGCAUUUCCAAUAUACUCGGUAAUGUAAGCAAUGAGAAUUUGUUUCUGGGUUUCAUUGCUACGCUUGCAGAAGGCAUACUGCGUAUGCAACAUGAAAGUUUGCACAUUAACGAUGGGGCUUACAAAGAUUUUAUGCAACGACUACGUUCAUCUUUGGCUGACUUGAAACUCAAGAAUAAAUAUGAACCAUACUCAAUAAGUAAACUGUUGGAUAUUUUCCUAUUGGUUGGCUUUGAUGCACAGGUGAGCAUUGUGCAAGAAUUGCUACAUGCACCAACUGCGGACGAAGCUGCUAUUGGCUAUGAUGUGUGGCAGCAGUGCGCUGGAAAGUUUAUGUGCAAAUCGUAAAUCGAAAUACCCACAAUUA